AUUGCCCAUGCCAUUGCCCAUCAGCCUUCACAGUACACAGUCUUGUGCUCUAUAAUUCUACAACCAGUUUUUAUUGAGCAGCGAAGAGAAACGGUUGUGUGUGACAAUGUUACGAUUAUUAGUGUUGGGAGCAUUAUGCAGUGGGGCGUUAUCCCACACUUACCACUUAGGAGCGUGCCCUGUUGUUGAGCCCAUGCCAGGCUUUGAUAUGAACCAGAUGUUGGGAGUAUGGUACGUGAUACAGAAGACGUCCACAGCCUCGCACUGCAUCACCUAUAACUUCACCAAAACUGAUGAGCCAGGAACCUAUGAGUUGGAACAAGUGUCACAGCAUUUUAUAUUAGGAUUGACACCGCUUAAGCACGACUAUAGAUACACCGGAGUGUUGACUGUUCCCGACCCAGCUGUUCCUGGAAGAAUGAAAGUGAAAUUCCCGUUAAGUGUUGCUGGAUCUGCAAGCUACACAAUACUGGCAACCGACUAUACCAAAUAUGCAGCAGUGUUUACAUGUCAAACUCUCACAUUCGCGCAUCGAAGAUCAGCCACAAUCCUCUCCAGGAGCAAGGAGCUCGAUAGAAUGUUUGUAGACAAAAUGCGUUCCAGGCUGUCAUCAUUUGGCGUGGAUCCUUACGAUUUGUCAAUCAUUUCCCAGUCCGAAUGUCCUAAACAUGCAAAUGGAACCGAGGGCGUCAAUAUAAAUAUUGAUCCAAAUACAUUCUCAUCUCAUAACAUCGGGGAAGCUGUGAGAAAGACUGGUGGUGUUAUCGCCGACGGUGUCGAAUACGUAGUAGAUGCUGGGAAAAAAGUUUAUCACAAAGUAGCUGAUAGCAAAGAAGAUUUAACAGAAAUGCCAAAUAGUCGUGAUAUGAAAGCAGACGCGGAAUGGUUGCCUUAAAUUAUCAUAGCAUAAAGUAAAAAAAUAGCAAUGUGUUUGCAAUACAUUUGUGCGAUAUUUAUAACAGCAUUUAGUAAUUGCGCCCUAGAUGUAAAUACUCAUAAGUGAAAGUUGAAAAGUUUUGCCAUUGAUACAAUAUGUUUUUGCUAUACUGCAAAUUUAUGUCGAUAAGCCUACAAAGCUGUGUUAUUAAUUUACAAUUUUUAUGUCUGUGUUAUUAAUUUGAAUAUUGAAUGUAAUUAAUUUUAAGUAUAAUUUUGAGUUGUUAAAUAGGUAAAAGGUAACUCGAUAAAAUGCAACUGUACAGAAGAAUCCAACAAAUACAAUUCCAUUUUUAAACCAUUUUAGGACGUAGUUCAAUAUAAAACUUUUGCUAAAAUACACGUUUGCACGUAUUUUAUGCUUAGCAAGGUAUAGUUAAUUAAUUUUAAUAUUAAGUAAUUCUUAGAAUUUGUUCUUGAAAUAUCAUUCAAAUUAUCAUUCCCUUGUGAUACUUAUAAAAAAUACUAAAUUAUAUUAUUGUCUUACUUGCGUGUUGUAUUUUCUUGCCAGAAUUUGUUAGUCCAACGCAACAGCAAAGUAAUUGUACAUUUAGUGAUGGAUUCAUUUUGUAUGAGUUGACGCAUACAUUAAUACAUUAUAUUACAUGAAUACUCAUUUUUACAAAUAGUCUUUAUUGGUACUAUGCAGUAUACAUACUUAUGAAAUUAAAAUAAACUUAUGUAGAAUA